CUAGCAGAUGGAAGUGUGAGACAGUAUCUCACGUGCCAUCGCUCAGGAAAGUACUACAGUACAGGAACAGGGAAAAGGAUGCUGAAGUCACAAAAGUCAUGGAAACUAGCAGAAGGCGUGUCAUUAGAAGCUGUCCUGGAUGACACACGCGACUCCACUACUGGCCCUGUGUCACGUCUCCACCUUGUCACCCGAAUGAACCUACAUAACAUAUUGAAGUCCUUCGACAUCAAUUAUGCCGAAAAAAUGAACCAUAACGACUUUGUCAGUGUUGCUACUUGGGUUGACGCAAUGCUGGCCCAGGAAAAUGGCCCUGUGAAGUUUUUCAAGCAACAGGGAGUGUGUGAUGAAAAAGGCCUGUUCAACAAGGAGGACUUUGUUCUAGUAAUUAUGACAGAACCACAGCAACAGCUGUUAUCGAAGCUGGGCUCAGAGAAGAUCUGCAUCGACUCAACUCAUGGUACAACUGGAUACGAUUUCAAUUUGACGACUCUCAUGACAGUUGAUGAGUACGGUGCUGGUGUGCCUUGUGCUUACCUGCUUUCUAACCGGACCGACACUGCAACUCUCAAGGUGUUUCUUGAAUCAGUGAGGGCAUGUGCAGGGCCUCUCAACACAACGGUGUUCAUGUCGGAUGACGCGUCAGAGUUCUAUAAUGCAUGGAGGACUGUGAUGGGACAAGCAGAGUGGAGGCUCCUGUGUGCAUGGCACAUGGACCAAAACUGGCGAAAGAACCUGAGCAAGAUUAAAGGUCAAAAUACUCAAAUUCAAGUGUACAAAACGCUGCGACUGCUUUUGGAGUGCACAGACGCCCAAGAGUUCGAGAAGUUGAUGACUAUUUUUGAGUGA